UCUUGAUCUUUCCUCGGCCUGUUCCGAGCUGGCCGUCUCUUCAGCAAGUUGUGCCCGCCCGCCAUGGCGAACAAUCUUUCACCGCCCGGGUCGAGUUCCUACUCGUCCAAUACCUUGACGGUAGGCGAUGGAACUUGGGACUUUGAGAAGAAUACCUUCCUGCUUCCCAAUCUCCAGGGCCUCAACUUUGAGACUAUGCGAUACAAUGGCAUGGGCAAUCGCUUCUCGACCUUGACCGAAUAUCACAGUCUCAUCAUCGGCCACGGAGUGAUAGCCGCCAUCACCUUCCUCUUCAUCAUCCCAAUCGCCGUCUUCAUUGCCCGUUUCUACUCGCGCCGACCUGGAUACGCCAUUCGAUAUCAUGCAUACCUGCAGAUCAUCACUGUCGGCUUCAGCACUGUCGUCUUCGUUCUCGGCUUCAUCGCUGUCGGUCCUCCCCGGAACCUCACAAACCCACACCAUGGCAUCGGUGUUGCCAUUUACGUCAUGAUCUUAGUGCAGGCUUUUGGUGGCAGCCUCAUUCGCAAAAUCACUGGCCAUUCCUUCCGCCUACACCUUCAUCGUUGGAUGGGCCGCGCUAUUGCCAUCCUUGGCAUUGCCCAAGUGCCGCUUGGCCUGACGCUCUAUGGCUCGCCCAAGUACUGCUUCAUUCUCUAUGCCCUUUGGAUGGGUUUUCUUCUUAUUCUGUACUUCAUUCUUGAUUACAGAGAUAAGGAGCGCCGCGAGUACUACGCAGGUGGCCCCCGCUCCGAAGUUACUGGAUACACGGAUGAGAAGUCGGAGAGCCAUCACCAUGGAAGGAAUUGGCUCGGUCUGGCAGCCGGUGCUGGCGCAUUGGCUAUGCUUCGUGGUCGCAAGCGCAACCGGAACGAGGAAAGGGCCCUGGACCGCAGUCCCAGCCCAUAUCGCUCCCAUGCUCCUCAUGACGGGGAAACUGAUAUCACCUCCUCACAUGUCAGGCACGACAGCUAUCACGACGACAAGUAUACCGACGUGUCUUCGCGACGCAACACGGGUGAAGGGGGCGGAUGGAUGGGUAAGCUGGUUGGGCUUGGUGCCGGUCUUUUGGCCGCCAAGUAUCUGAAGAAGAAUCAUGACCGUCGUGAUGACGAGUAUUCGGCUGUCUCAACAGAAACAGGACCUAGUCGUCUUCCUCCACGGAGAGGAGGUCCGGCACCAACCGAAAGCGACUAUACCGACUAUACCGACUAUACCCGAACCGACAAUCGACGAAAUUCCAAGCAAAAUCCGGUCCUUGCUUCCGAAGCGGAGAGCGCUGCAGAUGACCGACGCCCUUACCGACCUGGCACACCACCACGCUCGCAUGCUGGCCGUCGUAAUUCGCGAUUCGACAGCACGAUUGUCUCAGACUAUUCUUCCUACGUCAGCCCUUCUAGAAGAGAAGAGCCCGAAAAGAAGCGGAGCAGCGGGGCUGGGAAGGGUCUGCUCUCGGGACUCGGCCUUGGCUGGUUCGCCAAAAAGACGGUGGACCGCCGUGCAGGAAAGGAAGAGGAUCGCAUAAGGGAUGAAGAUGAGAGGCGACGUGAAGAGGAGGACAGACGAUUCGAAGAGGAAGAACGCAGAGCUGGACGUCGGAACUCCAAGUUUACCGGUGAUGGCUACCCCAGUCCUUCCAGACGUGAUUCCCAACGUCGUCCAGCUGCUAUGCGCCCAGCAGCACCAACAGACAUGACCAGCACGACCGGCACUUCGGUUCUCUCUGACGAGUUUACUACCAUGGAGCCGCGAGGACAUGCCCCUUACGACCCAGCGCCCGUGAGCGGCGGAGCUCGACCACCACCCGCACCCAUCCCAGUUGCCGGAGGUGCUGGUGCGCCGCCUACGAUUGCUCCCAUUACUCCUGGACCCUCCGGUUAUCCAGCUCCUGGACAUGGCCCGGUUGCUAUGCCCGCGAUGCCUCCCGAUCCGCGCGGCGUGUUCUACCCACUGAGACCCCCGACCGAUACAAGCAGCAGCGACCUGACAGAUGUCAAUGCUGACAGGCGACGACGAGAGGCUGAGGCGGCGGCCGCAGCAGCAGCAGUAUCCGCCAGUCUCCUAGCUGCACAACAACAAGAAGACGACCGGCGUCGCAGAGGCGGCCCUUCUGACCAGCCCGCUCCUGGCGUCAAGGUCAAGGUACAGAGUGACAGAGAUAGGAACAUCACUCUGCGUAGGAUGACGGACGAGGACGCCAGGAAGGGUAGCAGCAACAACCGGCGCCGCCGAGGCGACUCGGUCAGCAGCAGCCACUCGGAAUCGGAGCCGAGCAGCGGUAGGCGGUAUCGCAGGUCGGAUCGCCGCGAGAGCAGGAGUUCGAGCCAGCGCGGCCGAGCCGAACGGGCCGCCGAGGCAAGGGUAGACCCUUCGGCCAACCCAUUAUAUCCGGCCCCUCUUAACACGGGUGGCAGCGGUACACCGAGGCAGCAGGCAUCCCACGGUGGAAGUAGCGGAGUGCCGCCGUAUGCUGGACCGUCCGGGGGCCAGAUGCCCAAUGUCGCAGGGACGAUUUCUAGUCUGGAUAGUCCCGGGCAGUGGAGCGCGCUGAGCCCGAGCGGUGCGAGCCAGAAUCCGGGUGGUGGUGGUGGUGGUGGCGUCAAGAGAGAGGUGUCGAGUGCGGCAGAGAGGAGACAGAGGAGGAGAUUUGAGAGGAGAGAGGGAAGUAGGCAGCGGGCUGCUACGGAGUCGUCACUCGGAGAUGGGUUAUCUGCUACCGCUCCUACAUCGUUACAAACUUGUGAAUGUAUCAAUGCCUCUCAGAAUACGUUACUGUACCUUGCAGGAAGUGACUUCAACUUUGACUCAAACCGGAAGGGCUCAAGGAAACGUCGAGGCCGCAGAUCAGUAACAGUGAUGCUAAGCGAUUUUGAUCAAACACAACAACAACCAGAAGCUAUGCCGUCGUCGUCAUCGGCGCAAAGGCAAGGAUCGCAACAACCUCAACCGCAAUCGCAAUCACAGCCACAAGAAACGAACGGUCACAACCAACAAACAUCUUCUUCAGGUCUAUCCCAGUCACUAAACCAAGAACAACAACAACAACCACAACCACCACCACCAGCAAACCAAACCCAAACUCAAACUCAAAAUAGUCAACAACAACCAGCCGAACCCUCCUCUUCCUUCGAACCCUCCCAACAACAACCCCAACCCGCCGAAGAACAACAACAAGAAGAAGAAGAAAUAACCCCAGGCCCCCGCGCCACCCGCCUCCAACAGCUCUUUAGUACCACCCUCCGACACACCCUCGACAAGAUCUCGCGCGACAACUUUGCGGCAUGUUACCCGACCAUUGCGGCGCGGGCGCCGGGGACGUUGGAGUUUGUGCAACGGCAGAUGGUGGAGAGGUUGGGGGUUCAGUGUGAUAAAGAAUUCAACUCUAUCUUGCAAACAAGACAGGUGGUUCCCAAACUCAACGAGCUCGAGACGCUCGUCGGCGAAGCAAACAAGAGGAAGCGAGAAGCUGGCGGUGAUGAUGCCACUCCGCCCGUACCACCACACACCCUCCCACCAUCCAUCAUCCUCUCCGCCCAUUUAGCUCCCCACCUAACAACCACCCACUCCUCUUUAACCACCACCUUACAACAAACCCAAGCCGAAAACCAUCAGCUAUUCCAGGAAAUCCAAGCGCAACGCGCAGAAAUCGAAGAGUUGUUGGCCGUGGUAGAAAAGGCGCUGAAGGAUAUCGAGGGGGCGAACGAGUUAUUGGAGGGCGUCGUGGAAAAGGGGUUGGUGGAGGAGACGAGGGGGGUUGAUGGGGAGAUUAGUUCUAUUGGUGUUGAGGGUAGGUAAGGUAAGGUAAGGAAGGGGGUUGGUGGAAUGGGCGAAGAGUUACUGUGAUAUAUAAGUUUCGGGCGUGGAUUGACAGAGGAGGAAAGAGGGAGAAAGAGGGUGCGAGUGUCGGUUGAAAGGGAUGGAAAAGAGAUCAAGGAUUACGGGAGAAAAGAAAAGUUGAGACGAGAAGAACGGAAGCAGCGGAGGAAAAUGACUUCGACUAGAGUUAACUUGGGGUUAGUCACAGUGCUUAUGAUCUGGUUGGGGCAUGUCAGACCAACAUGACGUCCGGGAGUUAAUUCAUCUCAUCAUCCACCG